AUGGCCCUGUGGCUGAUCGGCCAAGGUGCCGAUGUCACUGAAUGGCUCAUGGGAACGGGUUUAACCAUCUUAAACCUAGCUGCUGGCUUCUGUUCUGCAACCGUCGUCCGCAAGGUUGUCGAAAUUCUUCGGGAAAAGGUUGGUAAAACGGGAGAUAUAUUCUGCCCUUCCGAUAAUGUUAUGAUCCUUCACCGUGCAAUCUCCAGAGGAGAUGUCGAAUCCGUCCGUAUUCUGCUUGACAACGGGGCUGACCCGUCCGGUUGGGAUAUACACGGUGUAUCGGCAUUGACGCUCGCCACGGCGAACGGAAACGAGGAGAUAGUCAUGAUGCUUCUCGAUCGUGAUGCGAACCCUUUACCUCAUGACGCCGUCGGAAGAUCUGCGUUGGGGUGUGCUGCCGGGUCGCCCAAGUUCAGCUGGACGACCGUAGAGCGGAUCUUCCACGCAUAUCGAAAUGCAGGCGGGGAUAUCAACUGCACCUAUGUUACCAUUCCGGAAUUUGUCGGCGGGGCGCCUAGACCUUUGGAGAGACUGCCACUUCAUCAGUUUGCUGCUGCCGGGUCGGUACCCGGGGUUGAGUUACUCCUCCAAUAUGGUGCGCAGGUCUCCACCAAGGGGAGAGAUGGGAUGACGGCACUGCACGCGGCUUUGUUCAGCUAUCGGUAUCGUCGGGACUCAUACCAAAUCAUUAAUGAGAUCUGUCGGAUGCUAGUUGAAGCUGCUGUUGGGUCGGGCGAAGAUUUGAAUAACCAAAUGACUCCGUACACUUCAUUCAUGCCGAUGAGAGGUGCCACGGCGUUGCACUUGGCUGUGGUUUGUGGACUACAGGAAGUUGUCCGCCUCCUACUGGAUCAUGGAGCAGAUGCGAAGAUCGUUGAUGAUGAGGGAAAGACUGCACUGGAUCUCGCCCGAGGAUUGACCGAUCAUGCUACCCCUACCACCACCAGUAGCGUGAGUAGGACCACCGGUAACCGCCUCAUGAACUGUGAUAUGACGUUUGUGUCGGGCCCAAAGACGUUUCGGAUGGAUUGGGAAGGCGAAACUUUUGAGCGAUGCGAUAUGGGCUCCAAGAGCGCCACUUGCUAUGUAACGUGGACGACAACCCAUGGAACAUCAAUCCUCGGAACGGAUGUCGAUUCCUCGAUGGUCCCUGUUACCACAGUUUCAUUCACCGUCACAGCAACGGAUGCCUCUGUUACACCCUCAUCUUCGGCCUCGGCCUCGGCUUCUGCCAAGGCCACUGCUACUGGAUCUGCCGAUGCGUCAUCUACCAGUGCAAGUGCAUCGAACACUGAGAAUGCUGCAAUGGGUCUACCCACGGGACACGCCUACUUGGCGGCGGGUGGUGCAGCAAUGGCACUUGCGGUAGCUAUUGCUUAG